AUCCAAUAACGGGUAUAAAUCAAUCUAGAGAUAAUUUUUGGGGUCGAGUGGAAGAUGGGUACAAUAGUGCAAAGGAUGAGUGUUGGGAGUAUCGCAACAAAAGAUCGUUGGAAUGUCGAAUUCAAGUUAUUGAGAAGGCUAUAAGAAAAUUAAAUGGUUGUGUACGUCAAGUUGAAAAUUUGCAUCCUAGUGUUGCUUCAGAUAAAGAUAUUAUUAAUCAAGCAAAAUGUUUACUUAUGCAAGAUCCAAACUACAAAAAAGAUUUUAAAUUUGAUCAUGUGUGGGAUAUGAUGAAGGAUUUUGAGAAGUUUAAAGAUGUCGAUGCUGGAAGUAAAAAAGUUCGAAAGCAAGGAUCUUCUUAUAUAUCAUCAGAGUCUGAGACUCCUACUCCUGAUUCACCUCUAGUAUCAUCUCCUAACUUAUCAUCAUUUUCACUAAAUUUGAAUGAGGAUGUUGCAGGUGAUUCCACAUCAUCACAACGACCUAUUGGGGUGAAGAAAGCAAAAUUGAGGAGAAAAAUCGAAGAAGGUUUUUCAUCUGCUAUGCAAAUGGUCCAAUCAGAAAAUAAUCGGCUUGUUGAGUUGUUGGCAAAGUCAGGUGCAGACAGGCAGCGAGAUUUGGAGAUGAAAGAUAGAGCUUUGAAACUAAAAGAAUUUAAAGAAGAAAAUAAAAAAAAUUAUUGUCGAAUUUAGAUUCUAUUGGUGAUCCAAAUAUUCGUGAAUUUAUUCGACAAGAACAAAAAUGAAUAAUGGAUAAAAGAAGUCAACAAUUUCAACAGCCACAACCACAACAAUCCUCUG